AUGGCUUCUACAAUUGUCCCUUAUCUGUUUCUACUUGCAUUUUUAGUGCUUCCACCUUCAACAAUUGCUAAAUCUUACAAAAACAUUAGUUUAGGUUCAACACUCACUACAAGUGAUGUUACUAAUUUUUGGCCAUCCCCAUCUGGUGAAUUUGCUUUUGGCUUUCAAAAAAUUGGAAAUGGUUCAUCAGGAUUCUUACUAGCCAUUUGGUUCAACAAACUCAAAGAAAAGACCAUAGUUUGGUCAGCCAAUAGAGAUAUAUUCGCGCCGGAUGGAUCCAAAAUUCAGCUCUCCAUGGAUGGAAGACUAGUACUCACUGAUCCAAAUGGUCAAGAAAUAUGGGCUCGUGGCGAGCCCAGUGCUGGACCGGCCUAUGGAGCCAUGCUUGACACUGGAAACUUUGUACUAGCAACAAUCAGUAUUAGUUCAGCCACUCAAUGGCAGAGCUUUGAUGAGCCAACCGAUACGAUUUUGCCUGAUCAAGUACUUAAUCGAAGAACCAGAGUUUGUUGGAAGAAAAGGUAUCCGCUUUUAAACGGGAGGGCGGAUCCUGCAGAAGGAGGGAAAGCGCUUUUAAAAAUAGGGAAAGACAACUCCACAGUGGGACUGACAACAACAACUACUACUACUACGCCUCAGUCUCAAGAUGGUGAAAAAAGGAAAAAUCAAUCUAGUCUAAUCAUUUCUGUUUCUAAGAAGCUACAAACGGAUUCGAAGAAGUGUUGGGAACCGGGGCCUUCUCAACAGUUUACAAAGCGGUUCUUUAAUGACGAAAAUGGGAAAAUCGUCGCUGUCAAGAAACCACACAAGACAGUAACAGAAGGAGAAGAAGGAUUCCAAGCUGAAGUGAAUUCAAUCAGCAGGACUAAUCACAAGAACUUGGUCCAACUCCUCGGGUUCUGCAACGAAGGCUAACACCGUCUUUUGGUAUAUGAACACAUGAAAAAUGGCUCAUUAGCAGACUUGUUAUUCAAAGAUUCUAGGCUUAAUUGGUCCAAAAGGGUACAAGUUGCUAUAGACACUGCUAAAGGGCUUUGCUAUUUUCAUGAAGAGUGUCGUGCCCAAAUUAUACAUUGUGACAUCAAGCCCCAAAAUGUGCUCUUAGAUGAAAGUCUGACAGCAAACAUAGCAGAUUUCGGAAUAGCCAAGCUUUGGGGAAAGAUCAGACUUCGAACGACCACUAAGGUACGUGGAACGAGAGGAUACGUUGCCCCAGAGUGGUUCAGGAACACGGCUAUAACCAUCAAAGUGGACGUAUACAGCUUUGGAAUCUUGCUUUUAGAGCUGAUCUGCUGCAGAAAAAGUUACAAGCAGGACGUGGCGAAUGAGAACGAGAUGAUACUUGCGGAGUGGGCUUGUGAUUGCUAUAGAAGAAACGAGUUGCAUUUACUCGCAGGUGAUGAUGAAGAGGCAAUAGAAGAUAUCAUGAGGUUCGAGAAGUUGUUGAUGGUUGCUAUUUGGUGCAUUCAAGAAAAUCCAACAUUAAGGCCUAGCAUGAAGAAUGUCAUGCUAAUGCUUGAAGGUUCUGUGGAAGUCUCAAUUCCUCCUGACCCUUUUUCCUUUUUCUGUUCUGUUUAGACCAAGAGAAAAGGUGCAAAUAUACCCCUCAACUUUGCGAUAUAGAGCAGAUAUAUCUCCAUUAUAAAAGUGGUGUAAAUAUACCCCUGCCGUUAUAAAAUGGUGCAAAUAUGCUCUUUUUGCUGACAGAAUUUUUUUUAAAAUCAUUUAGUUUA